CCAGAAGGCCCCGCGGCGUAGGCGGAGCGAAUGCCUGGCGCGCACCCCAGCGGCAAGCGGAAGAGCUUGCGCUUCGUGGCGACGGCGGAAGCGGAGAGCGACGGCGUCCCGAUUGCAGCAGUACCAUGCAGCAAGAAGCAGAGAGAUGCAGAGUUCGAACCAAAAGACCUGACAUGGCACUUUAUAUACCUAAAGCUCGGAGAGGUACAGCACUCAAGUCAGGUGACAAGGAAGAAAGCUAUAGACAAGAGUGUCUUCCCCAGAAGAUCUCUGGAAAUAAAGCCGAGUCUCAAAGACUAAGUGCUUGUUGUGAUAGAAAGGAGUGUGACUAUAGGGAAGGAAAGAGACCUUCAUCAAAAUUAAGGAAGGAUGGGUACCUUCCAGAAAGGAAUAAAGACAAGGUUUGUUCUGAGAGAGGAACUGAAGAGUCCCAAGAAGCCUCAUCUGAAGAGCAUCAACACAGAGUCUCCCAGGCUGGGGUUGUGGCUAGUAGAUCUUUACAAAGACUUUUUAAACCAAAGGAAAUGGAGUGUUUGCAGGUUCAGACUGCAGAAGUGACAGGACACCAGGAGUUGCAUCUGUUUCCGUCUUGCUCAGAAGUCAGUGCUGCUCAGCUUCCAAACAGACCAUUUCAGAACGUGGAACUCUGUGAUUUCAGUGGGGAAACUUUUGUAAACAGAUAUAUAGAAAGCAGAAUUGAAACUGAGGCCAAAGUUAUGGAGCUGGUGUCUCAGUUUCCCCAAGUUGUCACCACUGUGUUGAACCCAGAGGGUAUGGCUAUACCAGCAACGCCAAGUUCUGAUUCUGAAAUCGCACCAUGCAGCUUGGAAACAUCCUGUGGCGUGUCAAAGCACAGUCCUGGUUGCAUCUCUGCAGCUUCUGUUCCUGCAGGGCCACAGCAUGAUGCUGACCCAGCUUUUAUAGACUGUGAAGCUGAGAGUGAGGGUGCAGUCAACAAUGCAAAGUCUGUCUUGGGUCAGGAAGGUGUAGGUUCCAUUCCUGAGACUGUGGGCAACAUUUCUCCUAACAUGGCUGUAGUCAACAAAUCAGAGCACACAAAUGGCAUCAUUGGUCCAACAGUGACUAGACAAUGUGACAGUGACAGCUCUGCUGAUGAGUUAUGUAUAAAGUAUGAACCCUUUGAUAGAGCUGUCUUUGUUCAUGAAAUAGACACAGAUAGUGACACUACCAGCAAGGCAUGUGUGGCAGACACUGCAGGUGCAGUUUACGAUCAUGUAAGUGUAGACAGCCCUUGUGUAGUUGCAGUGAGGGAAGCCGAUGAGAGAAGUGGCAGUACAAGUAAUUUCUCAGAUUACAUAGAAACAAGUGCAGAUGUAGCCCCUCUCGAUGCAGCUCAAAGUGAGAAUGACUCUAAAAACAUUAGCAGCCCGACUGCUUGCUCAGAUAUUUAUGCUGAGAAUAUUGCAUCUGGUUUUACAGAGUCGACAGGAAAGUUGAUAGAGAGUGUGUCGGAUUGUGCUUCCUCUUUGCCCAUAAAGAAGAUUGCUGAUAGUAAUUGUGCCACUUGUUUGGACUCAGAGCUGAGUGUGUCAAAUGGGACAGAAGUACUUCUGGAGAGUGCCUUGGGCAGUGACCUGGAUAGUACUAAGGAGAUAACAGAAGAAUUGCCUGAACUAAGAACUGAUGAAACGUUUAAAACAAAAGAGGAAGAUGACUCAGAGAAUAUAGUGUGCGGUGUAUCAUUUUCUGAUAGAGAGUCAUCUGUGGAAACAACCGUAGACCUGAAAACAACAGACUCUUCUCGUGUACAAGGAGAUGCAGCUGUGGAGGAGAGCUGGGAAUCUUUGUUUAAUGAUGAUGGGGACUGCGUAGAUCCUCGUCUUCUACAGGAGUUAUCAGGGAACAUGAAGAACAGGAAAAGCAUCCAGGAGCCUAGAUUUGAUUAUUACAGCCACGAACUUCCCGAUAUUGAUCUCAGUGAAUGUGAAUUCCCACAUGUCAUUGAAAUUUAUGACUUUCCUCAAGAAUUUCGUACAGAAGACCUUUUGCGGAUUUUCUGCAGUUACCAAAAGAAAGGAUUUGCUAUUAAGUGGGUAGAUGACACACACGCCCUGGGCAUUUUCUCCAGUCCAAUCACAGCUCGAGAUGCUCUGGGUACUAAACAUAGCAUGGUGAAGAUCCGGCCCUUGUCGCAGGCCACAAGAGCAGCCAAGGCCAAAGCUAGAGCGUGUGCUGAGUUUCUCCAGCCAGCAAAGGAGCGGCCUGAGACUUCAGCAGCCUUAGCCAGGAGGUUAGUCAUCAGUGCCCUUGGGGUUCGAAGCAAACAGAGCAAAACUGAACGGGAAGCAGAGCUCAAGAAACUGCAGGAGGCCCGAGAGAGAAAACGGCUAGAAGCCAAACAACGGGAAGACAUCUGGGAAGGCAGAGACCAAUCUGCGGUUUGAACAUCACUUAGUGAGGAAUGAAU